CUAGUUACCCAAAAUUUUUUUCCCUGCCAUGAUGUUAUAGUUACCUAAAACUACUGUUGCUUCCAUUAGACCCAAGCACCGACUUGAUGCCUAUAAAUAGUUCUCCAAGUUACCCAUCUUUUGCAAUCCGGAUUAGGAAGAGGAGACCAGAUGGAGAUUCCCGUGAUAGAUCUUGAUGAACUCCAUGGUGAGAAAAGGAGCAAAACAAUGGCUCUUCUGCACGAAGCUUGUGAGAAAUGGGGCUUCUUUCAGGUUGAUAACCAUGGAAUUGACAAGAAUUUGAUGGAGAAGGUGAAACAGUUGGUGAAUGCAUACUAUGAUGAAAAUUUGAAAGAAAGCUUCUAUGAAUCAGAGGUAGCCAAAAGCUUAAAGAACAAAGAAAUCAUCUCUGAUAUUGACUGGGAAAGCACUUUUUUCAUUUGGCAUCACCCAAAAUCCAACAUCAAUGAAAUUCCAAACAUAUCAGAGGAACUCUGUAAAGCAAUGGAUCAAUACAUUGAUCAACUGAUUAAAUUUGGCGAAAAGCUUUCUGAGCUCAUGUGUGAGAAUCUUGGCUUGGAGAAAAAUUACAUAAAGGAAGCAUUCUCAGGAACUAAAGGUCCUACUGUGGGGACAAAAGUGGCAAAAUACCCUCAAUGUCCUAAUCCAGAGCUUGUGAGAGGACUUCGAGAACACACCGAUGCAGGUGGGAUCAUACUCUUGCUCCAAGAUGACCAGGUCCCUGGCCUUGAAUUCCUGAAAGAUGGAGAAUGGGUGCAGAUUCCCCCAUCCAAGAACAACACCAUCUUUGUGAACACAGGUGACCAAGUGGAGGUGUUGAGCAAUGGGAGGUAUAAAAGUGUUCUGCAUCGUGUCAUGGCAGAAAAAAAUGGAAGCAGACUUUCCAUUGCUACAUUCUACAAUCCUGCUGGUGAUGCACUUAUUUCUCCAGCUCCCAAACUAUUAUACCCCAAUCACUACCGUUUCCAGGAUUACCUGAAGCUUUAUUCAACCACUAAGUUCUCAGAGAAGGGUCCAAGAUUUGAGUCCAUGAAAACAGUGGCUAAUGGGCAUCAUAAUUUCCAUGUCUAAAAGUACCGAUUACUUGGGUUACCCUGUAUUGCUCGCUCAUGGUUCAUAUUUUCAGUUUUCAUGCUAUGUUUCGAACGUUAAAAGAUGUAUUACUCUCUUUUUCUCCUGCAAGCAAAGAAGAUUAUAUAUAUAUAAUUCCAAUAAA